AUGUCAUUGAAUACUAUUAAGAUUCUGGCAGAAAAAGUGGACCAUGACAAGAUUCUUGAUGCCACAAACCGUUUCUACACGCUCAUACCGCAUAGCUUUGGAUUGGCAAAACCUCCGCUGCUGAACUCGACAGCAAUAAUCAAGGCAAAUAUACAGCUUCAUCCUUUUCUCGCACGAGAUGAAAAGUGCGAUAUGUUGGGUUCACUCUUGGAGAUUCAAAUUGCAUAUGAGGUGCUGAAGCAAGAGCAGGGCGACUCUGACGAUACUCGCGAUCCAGUCGAUAUUCACUACGAGAAGCUGAAGUGCAAAAUGGAGGUAAUAAGUCGGAAAUUGACCGAGAAACUUCAAAAAGAUUGUUUGUAUUUGUUGAACUCUCGCAUUCCUAAUUUGGCAAAGUCGCCUUUGCAGGUUAUUCGUGUCGAUCGCGAAGGCGAGGCGAAAAAAUUCAAAGCCGACAUCGGUAACCGCCGACUUCUGUGGCACGGAUCAGGAACCACAAAUUAUGGUGGGAUUCUCUCACAAGGUCUCCGCAUUGCUCCACCUGAAGCGCCUGUAACUGGAUACAUGUUUGGAAAAGGUGUCUACUUCGCUGAUAUGGCAUCUAAGUCUGCCAACUACUGUAGGGUGUUCUCUGAUAAUACGGAUGUCCUUAUGCUGUUAUGCGAUGUUGCACUGGGCAAGGUGAAACAAGAGAUCAAUGCUGUUGACCAUUCACUGGCAAUCAAAGGCUACACACAGUGUGCA